CCAUGUAUCCCAUCUCUAGAACUGUCAAUGUCACUGUCAAUGUUAUCUAUUCGGCUUCUGAAAAGUCUGGAAAUAUAACCUAUUUCCAUUUAAAUACUUUGAUUUUGAAUAAUUUAAAUGGGAGAAGGCGUAUAAAUCAAUUAGAAAUAAAUUGACAACAUAGAAAAUGCAUAGCGCAAGUGUUUUGUUACGGAACACGGUGUUAUUCAAUCCGAACUUGAAGUCUUCUGCUCGUUUAGCCCGUAACGUAACAAAAGUUGCAUCACACAGUAAAUCAGCGGAUAAAUCUUUGUUGGGUUGUGGUAGGAGUAGAUUGUGGGUCCAGGGAAGUCGCGUGUGCAGUGCUAACUACAAUGGUGUGGUUUUAAAUCGGCAGUUGGGUAGUGCGAGGUUAUUUUCGACGGGUAAUAAAAAUGACCCGCCUGAGGACGAUGCUGAGCUGAAGGAGGAUACGCCGCUGUUCACGAGCCAGCUGCCGGCGCCGGUGGCCGUGCCCGAGGUGUGGCCGCAGGUCCCGGUCAUCGCCAUUAACAGGAACCCUGUGUUUCCGAGAUUCAUCAAGUUGAUUGAGAUCUCAAAUCCAGCCUUAAUUGACUUAAUAAGACGGAAAGUGAAACUCAAUCAGCCGUACAUUGGCAUUUUUCUCCGCAAAAAGGAAGAUGAAAAGUCAGAUGUGGUCUCCAGCCUUGAUGACUUGCACCAGGUGGGCGUGUUCGCCCAAAUUCACGAGAUGCAAGACAUGGACUUCAAGCUACGUUUGGUGGUGAUGGCCCACCGAAGGAUAAAGAUCACCGGCCAGUUCAUCGAGGAGGAGAUUGAAGUGGGGCCAGCGGAAAUGAAGCUAAAGUUUCCCGUGUUUAACGUUGAGUUUAACGUCACCCGCGAAGAAUCUGACGCGGAGCGCCGCCGCCGAAAACACAGGAACACGAGGAAACCAAAGCCAGUCGCCAAAGAACCGAAGGAUACUGAUAAACAAGAGGAGAAGAAGAAGGUUCCAGAUCAAGUUAUGAUGGUGAAGGUUGAGAACCUGAUGCAUGAGAAGUUUCAACAGACUGAGGAGGUGAAAGCGCUGACGCAGGAAGUUAUUAAGACCAUCAGGGAUAUUAUUAACUUGAAUCCUUUGUACAGGGAAUCUUUGCACCACAUGUUAGCCCAGGGACAAAGGGUGGUAGACAACCCUGUGUACCUGAGUGACCUUGGCGCCUCACUCACGGGAGCUGAACCUGCCGAGCUGCAGGCCAUACUCGAAGAGAUGGACAUUCCGAAACGCCUGAUGAUGUCUCUGUCUCUGCUGAAGAAAGAGUACGAGCUAUCGAAGCUGCAACAAAAGAUAGGCAAAGAAGUUGAAGAGAAGGUUAAGCAACAGCACCGGAAGUACAUACUUCAUGAACAACUAAAGGUGAUAAAGAAAGAGCUAGGAUUAGAAAAGGACGACAAAGACGCGAUAGGCGAUAAGUUCCGUGAGCGAUUAGCCGACAAGACUGUACCGGCCGCCGUGCAGACGGUUAUCGACGAAGAACUUAAUAAGAUGAACUUCCUUGAAAGCCAUAGCUCGGAGUUCAACGUCACCCGUUGCUACCUAGACUGGCUAACCUCUCUACCCUGGGGCAUUACAUCCAAAGAGAAUCUCGAGCUAAAAGACGCCCAAGUGAUUCUAGACGAGGACCAUUACGGCAUGGAGGAUAUCAAGAAACGUAUACUAGAGUUUAUCGCCGUAUCUCAGCUGAAAGGCAGUACGCAGGGCAAGAUAUUGUGCUUCCACGGACCUCCGGGCGUUGGCAAGACUAGUAUAGCCCGUUCCAUAGCGCGCGCGCUCAACCGUCAAUACUUCCGAUUCUCCGUUGGAGGUAUGACCGACGUCGCCGAGGUCAAAGGUCACCGACGUACUUACGUUGGAGCCAUGCCUGGAAAAUUAGUACAGUGUUUGAAGAAGACUGGCACUGAGAACCCACUGGUUCUCAUUGAUGAAGUCGACAAGAUUGGCAAGGGCGUCCACGGAGAUCCAUCAUCAGCCCUCCUAGAACUUCUAGAUCCGGAGCAAAACGCGAACUUCCUCGACCACUACCUGGACGUACCGAUCGAUCUGUCCCGCGUUCUGUUCAUCUGUACCGCCAACGUUGUUGACCAGAUUCCUGAACCUCUGCGGGACAGAAUGGAGCUUAUUGAUAUGUCAGGCUAUGUAGCAGAAGAGAAACUAGCGAUAGCACAACAGUACCUGGUACCGACGGCGCGCAAGAACUGCGGAUUGACUGACGAGCAACUCAACCUGACGUCAGAGGCGCUGACUACGCUCAUCAAGUCUUACUGCCGGGAGAGUGGGGUCAGGAAUCUGCAGAAACAUAUAGAAAAGAUAUCCCGCAAAGUCGCCUACAAGAUCGUCAAACAAGAAGCCGAAAACCUAACCGUGGACGACAGCAACUUGUCUGAACUAGUCGGCAAGCCCACGUUCAAGCACGAUCGCAUGUACGCAGUCACGCCGCCCGGAGUCGUCAUGGGGCUCGCCUGGACCGCCAUGGGUGGUAGCACUCUCUACAUCGAAACCGCUCUGCGCAACGCACUACAAGACGAUAAGUCACCAAUGGGCUCUCUAGAACUGACCGGCCAUCUUGGUGACGUCAUGAAAGAAUCAGCUCGCAUCGCGCUCACAGUAGCGAGGAACUACAUGCACAAACACCAUCCGGACAACACUUUCCUGAACACUAGUCACAUCCACUUGCACGUGCCAGAAGGCGCGACGCCCAAAGACGGCCCAUCAGCUGGUUGUACCAUUACCACAGCGCUACUCUCACUAGCGCUCCGUCGCCCAGUACGGGAACUAGCUAUGACGGGCGAGAUUUCACUCACAGGUCGUGUGUUACCUGUAGGAGGGAUUAAGGAGAAGAUCAUAGCGGCGAAACGCGUGGGUGUUAAAUGCGUGAUCCUCCCCGAAGAGAACCGGCGCGACUUCGACGACCUGCCCUCGUUCAUAAAGGACGACAUAGACGUGCACUUCGUGUCGGAAUACGAGGAUGUAUUCCGCGUGGCGCUGGACGAGCAGAUUUGUUCGCAGCCCAAGCGUGAGUUGAAGGCCACCAAUUAACCACGGCUUGCCACGGCAACGACCAACAGUUAUGCUUCAACGGGCGCGAAACAAGAAAGUUUAAUCAUUAUUUAAGUGAGGAGACUUCAAUAAACGAUUUUAACUUGUA